AUGCGGCACUGCGGGGUGUUACUAAUCGUGGUGUAUGGCCUGGUCAUACUGGCCUGUCUCUGUGGGAACGGGCUGGUCUGCAUCGUGGUGGCCAAGAACAGGAGCAUGCGCACUGUCACCAACUACUUCAUAGCCAACCUGGCCGUAACGGACCUCCUGGUUGGCGUGUUCUGUACGCCAAUCACACUGAUUGACAACUUUCAAACAGGGUGGGAGUUCGGCGCGCUGAUGUGUAAACUCCUGCCGACAGUACAGGGGAUCGCGUACGGUGCCUCUGUCUUCACACUGGUGGCCAUUGCUGUGGACAGAUACCUGGCCGUGACAGCACCAAACGAUGGCAAACUGACAGGCAUGUGCACCUUCUGCAUCAUCCUGGUCAUCUGGCUGUCCGCCAUCAUCAUCAUGGCGCCCAUCUCCUUCGCAACCAAGUUCGACAAGGACGACAAGACCUGCUACGAGUACUGGACAUUUCCUGACGGUACGUCAUGUAAAAUUCAAAUUGUAUCGGCCGUCACGUCCGGCCUAAAUUUUUGUUUUUCUACAGGGCAUCGCCUGUACACACUGGCCCUGUUCGUGAUGUGCUACCUGGCCCCUCUGGUCGCCAUCACCUCCCUGUACAUCCGCAUCGCCGUCCGCCUGUACAACACCAGCGUGCGCUCCAGCGCGCACUGCGGGGCCUGGGGCACCACUGGCGCCGCCAGUAAGCUGGGAUACAAGGUGCGCGUCUUUAAGAUGCUGGUAGUGGUGGUAGUCAUCUUCACCCUCCUGCACCUUCCCCUGCACACUGUCACCUUCCUGGUGGACUACGGCGACCUCAGCUGUGACGUCAAGGAGUCCAUCUUCAAAUACGGCUACCCCAUCGCCCAUUGGCUGGCCUUCGUCAACAGCUGCGUCAACCCGAUUGUGUACGGCUGCAUGAACCGCAACUUCCGCAAGGGGUUCGCCUCUGCGUUCCGCCGGGCCGGCCUGCCGUGCUGCACGCUGCGCAGAAUGAACAACCUGCGCAACACGUCUGACAAGAGACGCCGAUCCACCAACCGUACCACACCGAACGCGGAAAACCUUGAGGACCCAGCAAAGCUGAAGGGAUCUCCGGACACAGGUGAGAUCGAGCUAGUUGCAGUUCCCAACGAUGUCACAAGGCGGCACAACAGUCACAGAUGCACAGGCAACGCCGAGCCGACUGUUGGAGUCGUCAGCUGGAUCAGUCAGGUGUGAACGCCCUUCAAGGCUCCACACUCGAUUGCAUUCCUUUCUUGUGAAAACAAAAUAAAGAGAACAAGAGCAGGGCAGAUGUUUAUGACUACGAAAUGCGUAUGGAUACAAAAUGCGGUUGAUUGCUGUAUAUACUGAGUUCACGAAUCAAACUCCGCAUGCGCAGGUCAAAGGUGAAAGGUCAGUGACUUGUAAACAAAUCUUGUCUCGACCUUGCUUUAUACACGUCUAAACGUUAUGGACUCCAUGAGUCGAUUUGCCUAACAAUGUCCCGAUGUGUUUGAUGAUUUCUCUGGGACUUCACCUUUGACCUUUUCCUAUCCAAUUGUAUCCAGUCUAUUGACCUCUGACCUGCGCAUGUGCAGUUAUUCCCACUGAAAGACUUUGUAAAUAACAGAAAGAAUCGACAUCAGUCAGAAGCUAAUUAAAAGAAAGCAAAGAAUUUGUCAGCGCUUUAGUAAAAAAUACCACAGGACCAAACCAAACCCACAAGUUAUUUGUGAGUCGAAUACAUAAAGUUAUAUGACGUUAAAUGACGUUAAAUUAUUUAGAUUGUUGCCUACUAUAAGCUACAGGCACAACAUAACUGUACAUAGCUGCUGAUCAUCUAAUGUUAUCAAGUGAAUAAGAAUAUUUGAGAAAUGUUGCUUUCAAAAGAAUCUCUUCUUGAGAAAUGUUUAAGUCUGUUAUUCAUUGUGAAUUUGUACAGUUUGGUGCAGUUUGAACUUUAAUGAUAACCACAAUCGAUCAUUAUCACAGAUUAUGACAAUUUAAGGAACUUUUAUUAAUUAAUGCUGCACUAUACAUAGCACUUCAAUAUGGUGAUAGCCUUGAACAACGUGUAUUGAAGUAUUGACGCUAGCAGUUUGAUAUUAAGAAUGGUGUUUCGUUAGAUUGGCAUUUCAAGAACUACAAAUAUUGUGAAGUGAGGUGAAAUAACUUAAAACACUCUCUGAAUUGUAAAUUGUUUAAAUUGUUUGUAAAAUUGUCUUGUCGAAAAAGAUGAUGUAACAGCAAGUUUCAGCGGAUAUGUAAGUGCCAAGCGCUGUCUGUACAGAUAACUUCAUGGUUAGAUUUUCAUUGUCGUUUCCAAUGUGUACAUGUUGGAUACGUGUUAAUAGAGGUCCGCAAUUUCAGGGUAACGCGUUGUACAACGAAACAGCAAUGGAGUCACUCGGAUAUACCGAAGAUUGCACUGACAGUGUAAGAUUUUGCCUCGUCUAAAAAUAGAAUGCAUAACGACUGUGCAAGAUUUCGUCAUGUGUUGAUACAGAAUGCAUACUUAUAUAAAUGUACCAACCUAUAUAUUCAGAAAUAUGUAUAUUAGUUUAAAAAAAAAGAUGUUACAGUUACAAUUACUUGUAUGGAAAAAAAGUGACUUAAUAUUAUUGAGUAUAUAAUUGGACAUUCGGUUAAAGCGGUUAAGGACGUAAGAGAAGGUAAGAGAAGUAGAUUUUGGAAGAUGGACCGACAAAGAAUGUAUGAUUGUCUUAUGUGAUACAGUUCUUGUUCGGAGAUGCAGUUUGUAGCAAUAUCGCCAGGAGUCGUCUAAA